AUGAGUCCCGGAGGAAGAGUACCUGCAUCCGGAGGGCAGAAUGUCCGGUCCCCAGGUACUAGAACUGAACGAGUUCGAAGUCCAAGUCCAAAUUAUUUCGGACUAGUGGUUGAACCUUCGAGUAACCCCAGAGACUCUGAAUCCGUUCCUAAAGCUAAUUGGAGUCCUACCACGUCUUCCAUAUUCUCAUUUGGUGACGGCACCCCAGAACAUAUACCCAUAAACACGAAUCCUGCCUAUGAGGCUUUUAAAAAGCAGUCAGAAUCCAAUAACGGAUUCAACCUUAGUCAUGGGGGUCUAGCAAACUUCUCAAUGUCACCAGGUCCUUCCUUACUACGCGCAAAGAAUGAGAGAAAGACAUCUAAGCUUGAUAAUCCUCCGUCACCUAGAUCUGUUCCAAGAAAUAGGAAUGCACCUUCGUUGGACGGUGAUAUUGGUAAUGGACCAGACUCAGCAUAUGUAUCUUCCUCGGAGCGCGCAUCUAUUUCAUCCUCAAAUGUUCCUUCAUUUUUCGAUCAACCUCGUCAGAUGUCACCCGCCAGUUUUCACUCUUCAAUGCCAGCUGUUCAGAGAAAUACCCUCUCACAUCUAGACGAAAGACAUCCCAGACUCUCUCUACCCCAAAAUAAAGUGGACCCUCCAUCUCCACGACCACAACCACGUCAACAUCAGCGAGCGGAAACACUGCCAUCGAAUUUGGAAGAUGGGCCAGCCAUGAUCACCCCGGUAGAGUUAAAAGAAAUAAUGGAUCGCUAUCCCUCUAUAGAAGUAUUGUUACUCGAUUGUCGAACUUUCAGCAUCUUCUCACAAUCAAGGAUUGGGAAUGCCCUCAACUUGUGCAUCCCGACAACCUUGUUGAAGCGACCUUCAUUCAAUCUUCAAAAACUUCAAGAUACUUUCACCAAUGAGGAGGAUAAAACCAGGUUCUCCAAAUGGAAGCAAGCUAGAUAUAUUGUUGCUUAUGAUAAUAGAUCUUCAGAUAAGAAAGAUGCCGCAUUGGCUAUCAAUACAUUGAAAAAGUUUAGCAUUGAAGGUUGGAAUGGAGCGAGAUAUAUAUUAAAAGGUGGAUUUGACGCAUAUGCUCAAAAUUUUCCAAAGUCCAUUGAUCGGGGUUCAACACAAUCCUCACAGCCAUCUCGAAUUAAUCUUACCCUUGGAACGACAUUACCAGGAGUGGCACCAGUAGCGGGUGGAUGUGCUAUGCCGGCCACCAAAAAUGCAGCAAAUCCAUUUUUUGGCAACAUUCGACAAAAUCAAGAUCUAAUAGAUGGUGUUGGUCAAAGAGAUAUUACGGUUCCGGAGAACUUAAUGCGAGAUCCAUCCGUGAUGGGUAUCAUUCCCAGAUGGUUAUCGAAAGCUGCAAAGAAAGAGGAUCAUGGCAAGAUUGUUUCAGACCGGUUUCUUCACAUUGAGCAAGCAGAAUUGGCAAGGAUGACAAAGGCAUUAAAUCAAGGAGUUAGGUAUGGAAAUGGGCCAGAUGUUAAUUCUAAUGAUGUUCAGAUUGCUGGGGUCGAGAAGGGAAGCAAAAACAGAUACAACAAUAUUUGGCCAUUUGAACAUGCUCGAGUCAAACUUCAGGGUCGUACGGAAGGGAUGUGUGAUUAUGUCAACGCAAGUCAUAUCAAAGCAUCAAGGAGUAACAAACGUUAUAUAGCUUCUCAAGGACCUUUGCCUGCAACUUUUGAGGAUUUCUGGAGUGUAAUCUGGGACCAAGAUGUACGAGUCAUUGUCAUGUUAACAGCAGAGGCAGAAGGUGGACAAUUAAAAUGUCACUCGUAUUGGUCUAGUCAUGAAUAUGGUCACCUCAAGCUCAAGAAGUUAUCGGAAAAGAAACUCUACCUUGAAUCUAAUCGAAGGCGAAACUCUACAGAUCGAUCAGAUUCUGGACGGAGGCGGGCAAGCACUACUACGCAAAAUACUCCUCCUUCUCCUACAACGGAAGAUGCUCAUGUUAUCGUCCGAACAUUCACACUUUCUCAUGCCGCUCAUCCUUUUACACCAAUGCGAGAAAUUACACAAGUACAUUAUUCCUCCUGGCCAGAUUUUGCAUCCCCUGCAAAACCUAGUCAUCUUUUAGCUCUUAUCCAUCUCGCCAAUUCCAUACAACGUGCAUCCUCAUCCGCCACUGAAGUUCCUCGCCUAAGUGACCCGGAGCCAGAAAUCACUCGACCAAUGCUUGUCCAUUGUAGUGCAGGUUGUGGUCGAACGGAAAAAUAUACAAGCGGAUAUGGAUUGGGUCUUUGA